CUUUCCAACCGGUCGUAGCGGUGAUGUGAUCCAUCGUGAUUGUGAUCCACACCUCCACGGUUGUCUGUCUUGUGAUUGCUGUCAAUGCGGCGGACUUAAUGAUGUCUUUUGAGGAACUUCUGACAAGUCUACAAAACUGUGUCAUCGACCAAUGGAAUGCCAAUGGAAAUCAAGAACUCGAGCGCGUUUUGGAUAAACUUUCGGAGUGCUCCAGGAGCGAUGUUAAAAGGAGUAAAGAGCGCAGUUUGGACGAGGCUGCCCAUUUGUUGAAGAUCGUGAAGCUACAUAUUCUGGAGCGUGAUCAUCUCCAACUUCUCGUCAGACUACUCGUCUCCUUGCAGCUUCGCAUGGUGCAGAUAUCCACAGCUUGUAGAAAAGUGGACCAGAUGUUGCAACAUCUGGCGAAGGUGGAUCAUCAGCUGGUGUUCGACGAGAUCCACAUCUGUCUGAACUCUGUCGUUCACUCUGAGCAGAUAUUCUCCCUUGAAGACCUUCAGAGAGCCUGUAUGCUCCUGGAGGUCAGCGCUGUGGGCCGUGAUGUGUGGCGGGAGCUUUGUCCUUCCUUUCUGGACAAAGUGGCCAAGUUCUUCCCUUUAAUAUUGCAACAAGAGUCCCUGCGAGAUGGGCAGCUAUGUUACAUGGCUGUGAAGGUUUGCCUCCAGAUAUUUCAGCUGUUGUCUAAAGAGGUUUCAUUUGCAAUUUGGGACAAAACAGAGAGGAGCCCUGUCAUGAAGGACAUCUUGCAGGCGCUCGCAGAAAUAAUCUUUGGGCAGAGCAGGAACAGAGACACUCGUCUUUUGGCGGGGACCGCCGUGGCCAUGCUCAUCAACACGGCAUCAGAGAGCAGCACAGGUGCAGCCGCUGCCUGGGCUCUUCUACAAAGCUCUCAUUCAGAGUUGCUGACUGUGGGGGCCCUUCGGGUGCAGUGUUGCCCCCUCUCGGUGGACGGAAUGGGUCAGCUGGCAAUGAGCAGAGGCCUCGUGACGGGCUGUCAACCUCACAUUUUGCUCAGUUCCUGUGUAGCGGGCGCAGAGGGCAGCUUACUGCUGGAUGCUUUGUUUCCUCUGCUUUAUGAUUUGUGCAAGGAGAAGCUGAAUGGUCACUACCUUGCCUUCGAGGUGUUCUUACUAUGGCUGAAGAAGGUUAAAGAAUGUGUGCCUCAUAUCUGGAAGAUGACGGGUGGCCGUUUUCUGGCUGAUGGUAGCAACCUGCAGAAACAGCUCGUUUCUCUCAUUUGGACCAGUGCUGAAAGUCCAGUGGAAGGAGUGUCCGACUGUGCCCGUGUUACCUUUAGUUUGCUGUUGGAGCUCUAUGACAUGGACUGUGAGCGCUUUGGUGACAUUAAGAAGCCUCUUUAUUUGACUCUACUAAAUCGAAUUAUUCAACUCCCUUGGGAAUCCAAAGCCAAGUAUCAUCGCCUCUGUGCUCUACUUCCAUAUUUGGGGACCGACACGGUGCUGGAUCACUAUGCUGAGAUACCAAAUCACCUCCUGAAGUGCUUGUCAAACGAUCACUUGUCUCCAUGCGGGUCGGAACUCUACAAGUGUCUGAUCCAGCAGCAGAGAAGGGAGCUUUGCGCUGACGCUGUUUCAGAGUCGCAGCUGGGCAAUAAGUGGGCGGAACGGUGGUUAGCUGUCCUUCUUGAGGCGCUGACCUCACAUGUAGUUAUUCUUCAAAGUAACAGCUGCACGUAUUUACUCCCCUGCACCUUCCAAGUAUUCCCUUCCGCUGUGGAGCCUCUGCUGGCCUCUCUGGACCCGUGCUCACCAGGCCACCUCUGUGCCUGGGCAUUCAUUAUGAGUAGCUACAGGGCUGUGACUGGGAGCUCUCCCUGGGUUCUGCAGGGGAGCGCUACCCUCAAAAUCCUUCAGCUCGCCCUGGGCUCUGCAGAUGAUAAAGUUCGACUCGCUGCUCUCAAUUUACUGUGUUGCAGCCCCAAGACCAAAGAGAUUCCAACACAAGUAGAACUUGCUAUCAUGAGAGCCUUUAUCCCUCAGAACUUAAACUCGGAGUCCUCGCUUUUUCGACAACAUUUUAAAGCAGCGGUGAGGAAAUUUUUGGUUCGGAUCCGAGAUGGCUGCUUGGCAAACAUCAAACGGCAAAAGGCCAAGCAGGAUACCAGCCAGAUGGAAAUACUUGCCAUGGCAAUAGGUUUUGUGGACUGGUUGAGCCAACUGGUAUUCUGCAAUUUGACACCAGAUCACAGUUAUCAGAGGAAGAAAACUGUCUUACUGUUACUGUCUGCACUGCUGGAGACUUGCACUGACACCUGGAGCCCCGACAAGAAGAAGGGACAACCGCCCGUGAACAUGGGAUCUCUCAUUAGCUGUGCUAGGUCGAGAGGACAGUGGGACUUCUUCUCCAGAAAAAGACUUUUGGUUCUCAUCAGCUGUUUGGAAGAUUCCACAAAUGAAAUUCGCGAAAUUUCCGCGGGAUUACUGGUGAGAUUCUUCCCUUCCGUUCUGCCUGCUGAUGUCACCACGGCUCUGCUCGUACGUACCAAGCAGCUUGUGUGCAGUCCUCGCGUCCAGCAGGCUCAGAUGGGGGCGCUGAUGGUGAAGGUCCUCCAUCACAAAUGGCAAGGCCUUCCUGAUGGCAAAGUGAACAGCGACAUUGAUGUCAGUGAUCUCCAUGACAUUAAGGCUUCCAGUUUGAUUAAAUUCCUUGUGAAGGAACUUGAAGAUCACUAUCUCACAGCCAAGGCAGAUGUGAUGCUUUCUGCUAGAACCAAGCCUAUGCAUGGUGUUCUGAGCGCCCUACAGAAAUGUUUAUUGGAGGACACAUGCAGCAUCUGUGAUUCACUUGGUCCAACACUGACCACCGAUCUGCUAAACCUGCUGAAGAACAUUUCAUUGCUCCUGCUCGGCGUACUGCACGGACAGCAGGAUACUGAAAGUGAUGCACCCCCUUCUUUCUGCGAUAUGGGGAACGCCAUCAGCUCUCUGAUAGCUCACUCAUCUGGAGAAAACCAAGGAGAUGGUGAAGAGGAAUGUGUCUUGUUGUCUGAGGAGCACAGCCUUGUUCUCACCUGCUGCUGGGUGUCACUUAAGGAAACGGGGAUCCUUUUAGGAUCUCUUGUGGAAAGAAUUCUCUCUGAAGCCAAGCCUGACACAUGCUUUCUAACAAAACAACAUUUAGAAAUGGCAUCAGAUGUUUUUAGAAAUAUUCUCCUCAAAUGCCGUCACUGGGGGGCAGUAGAGGGAUGCUGUGUGGGUUUCACCAGAUUCUGUUCCGCUCUACUCAACAGCAGUGAACCUGAGCUCAGGGAUAUACCAUCUCACAUGCUCCAACAAGCAUUACAAGUUGUGCAAUCUCCGAGUUGUACCUCUGUAACACGGCGGGCUGCAGGGUUGCCUAUGCUCAUCCUGUGUGUUGUGUCAGUAGAGGAGGCCAGUAAAGCACGACCACUCUUAACACAUGUCAUGCAAACCUUACUGGACACUGCUAGAGUCCCACUUUCUGAGAACUGGGACCAGACGCUGGACCUCCCACAGGUGUGCGCAGUUCACACGCUGCAGGCUCUGGUACGUGGAUCUUGCUUGAGUGUCGCCAUUCUUCAGUUUGCACCAAGUGUCGCUAUUUUAGCGCUCACUCUGCUCAGUUCUCCCUGCUGGGCCAUGAGGAAUGCAGCUCUGCAACUUUACAGUUCUCUUUGCUCACGGAUGCUCGGUCAGAGGCCCACGAUUGAGGGUGGGACUAAGCAUGGCAUGUCCCCCCACGCCUUCUUGCACCACUACCCCACGCUCCAACCUUUCCUCCUUGAGAAACUGCGAGAGGCAGCUUGUGACCUACCGUGUCAACCUGAGGAAGCCAGGCUCCGCCUACAGCCAUCGCUCUUCCCGAUUCUUACCCUUUUAUCCCAACUGCAGCCUGGCGUCCAGGGCUCAACAGAACCCUCAGCGGACUUCCUGCCUCCUCUACUCCAGCUCUCUGCCAGUCCUAUUUACAGUGUGAGAGUGACGGCCUCCAAGGCACUUGUCGCCAUGACUCCCCCCUCAGAGUACAUGAACAUCCUCAUCAAUCUGACAGCCCUGUUGCCCCGCACACCGGAGCGCUGCUGUCACAACUGGCUCCACGGGCAACUGCUGCACAUAAAAGCUGUCCUGGAUAAAACUCUCGGCAAAGACUGUGUGUCUGCAGCAGAGCUUCAUGCAGUGGUGAGCAGUGUGGAGGCAUCAGUGUGGCUUGCCACAGAUGCUCAACGCUGCCCGCUGGUGAGAGCAGCAUAUGGUGCCGUUGUGGAGUCACUGCGAAAAUUUUGCAGCGAGACUUUUCUCUUAAAACUCUUUGACGUUCUCAUAUACGAGCUCCGUACACCCCGGCGGGGACUUCAGGUUGGCUUGUCUUUCUUCCAUCAACAAGCCAUACAGUUGCUCUGUACCAACCCCGAGCAGGCACGUGACCUCUGGGAAACUUUUAGAUCUGCUAGCUGUGAUCUGAGGCUGGCCUUGGUCACAUGGGUGGUGGAGGACCAUGCUUCAUUGAACACCCACUUGAAAGAAUUGAUCCAGAGUGUGCUUCGGUCCAGUCUGAAGGAGGCGCUGUUGAGCCCCGUUGAGGAAUACCGCAGGGCCCUUCUUGCAGCCUUUGUAGCAGUGAUGGCCACGGGGGAUUCUCUUUCUCCACCAGUCCCACUUGAGGAGUCUAUUCUUCUCGAGUGUCUAGAUUUGUUAUUGACGGACCUGGAGGAUCAGAGAAGCGGCUCUGAGUUUCUGUCCCAGGCUUUGCAUGGCGCAAGCCUCUUGCUUUCCCAAUGUUCUCACAGUUCUGUAAUCCAACGCUGGUGUGAUGUCUUGGAGACUCGGCGGUCCCCUGAUGCUGCUGAAGUUCUGAGGAUAUCUUGUGCUGAAGCUCUCUGUGUGGCUGCCCUUCCCCUAAUGAGCCACAAUCUCAUUCCUCCAACUGUCAUGAUCAAAUUGCUGAACACUGGCCUGUACUUGCUGCAGGACCAGAGCCAGAUGGUGAGAACAAAAGCAGCUAGCUUCAUCUCCAAGCUGCAUCAUGCCAAAGGAGGAUCCCAGAGGAGCGUCUACCUCAUGCAGGUCAACCUGGCUAUACCACUUCUGCUAGAUUUGUUGCUGGAGGAGUGCUGGGACACACCGAGCGCACUGGAGGUGCUUCUGUGCCAUGUGCCCCACUCCGACUUGAGAUCUGUGCUAAGCGAAGUUGCAGACAGCAGGUACGGGAGUCUUUAUGAGCAGGAUGAGGCCAAUGUGUUUGCUGAGCCCUCAGUGAUGUGUGCACAUGUGUUGCCUUACCUGCUACGCAUGGCUGGAAAGUAUUCGGAAUCUUUAGCGACGGCACAGCGCCUCAGCACGUGGGCGGAGGAGAACGCUGCUCUGCUGCUGGACAAUCUUGCAUUGUGUCAGGGCCUCCAGCCGGCUGAGACGCUGACGCUCCUCACAGAUGCCCGGUUUCACAGCACCCUUUGCGGCUUGCUAACAAGAGCCACCUUCCUUCUACACCUUUCCAAAACUUCUGAACUUGUGCAACAUCUUUGUAAUCCUUCAGCCCUGGAGAUGACUUUAAAGGAUGUUUGCAGUCGUCUAAGCGAGCAAGGUGUCCACUUGAGAUCUUGUCUAGCAUCUGCUAUAGAUGGAGACGUCACAUUUUCACACCACGGACUCACAAUAAUAUGCAAAGAUAGCUGAGGAAAUCUCCUGUGGACGUUUGAGUGUGAUUGGACUACAGUUAUUGGAUAUCAUAAAUGAUGAUGACAACAGAGGAGACCUCAUGGGACUAUGUAAUAUUUGCACUCUACUGGACUUUGUUCCACGCAAGCCCUCUUAGAUAUCCUGUUGUUUUGUCAAAAGAGAAAGCUGGAGUUGCUAGGAAAAACCCACAUGUGCACUGGGAGAAGGAAAGCCACACAGGAAGUCAAGAGCCUAGAAUCAAACCCACCUACUCAGAACUGUGAGGCGCACCCGCUAGCCCUGUUUGCUGCUGCACCUACAAUUGAAUGCGCAAUACAUUGAUUAGUUUUAAAUUAUAUUUAUACUGUUAGCCCAAUGCUGUUUGGUGUUAUAUCAAACCAACCUUAAAACAUGACAGAUUUGAUUUUGAAAAAAGCGCCAUAACAUUUUCCACUACCAACCCAGGCUAAACUUGGUUCCUUCUCCACAUAUGAAGAAAUAAAAUCAUUUAAAAUGUAUAUCAUUACUGUGAACUUGCAAUUUACUCACGUUGUAAUUAGAGCAGUGUGGGACAAUUCAGGUCUAAAAAAAAAUACUAUGAAAUGAAGGAAGUACAUUUUCAUGCUCAUUGGUGUCCUAAUCUGUGUCCAACUUCUGUGCCACUUCUAACAAGACCUCAAGAGUUUUCAUUAUUUGCUACAAGUUAACUGAGGGAUUCUAAUAAGGGUACAAAAGGCCCUUUUGGUGUUAUUGAUUCCAAUGUUAAUUGCCCACUGCAAUGAAUUAUGAAUUUAGUAUUUAUGAAAUCUUCAACUUGGCGCUGAGCCUUGGCAGGUCUCCUCGCUUUACUGUGUGCCAUAAUAGUUGUGUACAUAUCUGUAUUUGUCUGCAAUGUCAGAGCAUCCUCUGUAUCUGCAGACAGUGCAUCAAGAGAGGCUGGCUGCUUAGUGCCAAGCUGGGGGAAUACCGUGUUGUUCAUGUGCUCCAUUAGAGGCCUCGUGCCCGCAUAAGUGUCCAUUUCUCUAACCACAUGAGAGUGCAAGAUGAUGGACUGGCUCUGAGUUGACCAAGUGCGGGCUCGCUUGUUGACAGCCUACACACUAGAAGAGUCUUACAUCAUCACAUUGCUUUCGGCUUCUUCUCGAGGUGGGCGUGAUAAAUGACUCACUCACAGACACUGGUAGGAUGUGUUCGUUUUCUUUUGUUUUUAGCCAAAGAAAAUGAUAUUUUUGACAAUGACGCAUCAUGAUGAAUCAGAACAAGUUCUGUAAAAGUGCGUCAUUGCAUUUAGAAUGCCUUAUUUUUGCUUCUAUGAUUAAAGUUUCCUUCAAAGGAUAAUCGCAAAGGCGACACAAUUAUGCAAGAAGGGAACACAAUGUGAGGGCUUGUUUUUCAAAGACAUGAAAAACAAAUAGUGCUUUCAUCAUUGUUUAUGCAUGUAACACUUGAAACACUGUAAAGUUGUGAUUCUAAAAUGUCAUCUGUGAAUGUCAUUCUCUGGCCUCUUUGGAGCCGGCCUGCUUCCGGUUUAAUUAAGAGACCAACUAUGGCAAUGUGGAACAAUGCCAAGUGAUUUUAUUGGGUUUGUGUGCACACAUUGAAGCACAUGUUUACCAUCUGGACUGGGAAGGCGCAAGUGUUUUUCCAUUGUGUCAUCCAGCGCUUUAUCCUGCAUCUUAAAGAGUCCAUGUGGAAUUACCGUACAAUACAAUUUGUUUUGGAAUUUCCGAGGAACUUAAACUGUUCAUGUUUAGGUGCUAUUCCUGCAAUUCCAAUGUUACUUUGUUGACAGUUUAGGUAUCCAAAACGAUGUACAAUAUUUUGACUAAAGGCAGAAGCAAUGGAAGCGCUGAUGUCAAACAUAAUGGGACCUCUUAUUUGUUGUCCUAUAGAAACAAUAACAAAUAUAAUAUGCAGUCCAUAGCAUUGUGUAUUUUAUUUCCACUGUUUGAGUUUGUGUCGAUGGAAUGUUUUUCCUCUGCACGUGCACACAAUGUCGAUACAGUGCAGAGUGCAGAUGCUGCUGUGUUUGCACAAGCCUUUGCAAGGAACUAUGCCUGGCUUCUGCGAGUUGCCUGAGUGUGUCACGAGUUGGCUGCAUCAGCACGGCCAACAAUGCGGACUGACGAUGAGGGAAAAUAAGCACGAGAGCUGCCAUUUCUCUGCCUCUGUGGAGUCUUCAACUUUUUAGCUGAGUGGAAAAACAAGCCUCGUGAGUUGGAGGGGAAGAUCACAGACACAUGAGCGCUUACUUAGUGCCAGAUAAGACUUGACUUGGAUUAUAAAUGGAAAGCAAUGAGUCAAUGUAGGUCAGACAAGAAGCUAUGUAUAGACAUGAAAAGUAACCCUACAGUUAUAAUGUGGCAAUUGUAAACACAUAGUAUUUGAAUGGGACUAUAUGUUUGUUGCAUGUGUGCAUAUGUAUGGGCCCCCUGGGGCAGCAUAGUAUUUCUCUAAUCUACUGUAAUGCACUAUAAGGUCUUCCAUAAGGUAAAUAUUGUAAAUCACAGUAUCAAAUAAUCAUUAAAAAAACAAAAACAAUGCCACGUGAAUAAUUUCUA